GUUACUGGCCACUACUCUCUCUCUCUCCCCUCGCCGCUGCGGGAGCGGGGAAGCGACGGCGGCAGCUCAAGUGCGCGCGGCGGAACUCUAGGGUUUCCUCGUCGGGCCGGGCGGUGUCAUCUCUCCUGCGAGGCGCGAAGAGGCUGCCGCCCGAGAUGGAGUCGGCCUCGUCUUCAGGACCGACCAGCGGGCGGCGCCGCAGCAGUGGGGGCGGUAGCUGGGGCAGCAUCGGCAUCGGCUCCGUCGCCGACCCGUUCGACAUCCCGGCCAAGGGCGCCCCCGUCGAGCGGCUCAAGAAAUGGCGGCAAGCAGCUCUAGUGCUCAACGCAUCAAGGCGCUUUAGAUACACAUUGGACUUGAAAAGGGAGGAACAAAGGGAGGAAGUCAUAAGAAAAAUUCGUGCACAAGCACACGUUAUAAGGGCUGCGUUUCGCUUUAAAGCAGCUGGGCGAGACCACAUUCCGUCAGAGGUGGCAGCACCACAAGUUGAUGGUGCACUGGGCUUUGGUAUAAAAGAAGAACAGCUUACUGCAUUGACCCGAGAUCACAAUUACUCUGCUCUACAACAGUAUGGAGGGAUUUCAGGGGUAGCGGGUAUGCUAAAGACAGAUACAGAGAAGGGGAUUAGUGGAGAUGAUUCAGAUUUGACUGCAAGACGAAAUGCAUUUGGAUCGAAUACAUACCCUCGUAAGAAAGGAAGAAGUUUCUUGGCCUUCUUAUGGGACGCCUGUAAAGAUUUGACACUUAUCAUACUAAUGGUUGCUGCAGCUAUUUCACUUGCCUUGGGCAUAACAACAGAGGGGAUAAAAGAAGGUUGGUAUGAUGGAGCUAGCAUUGCUUUUGCUGUUCUCCUUGUUGUUUUUGUUACAGCAACUAGUGAUUACAAGCAGUCCUUACAAUUUCAAAAUCUUAAUGAGGAAAAGCAGAAUAUCAAAUUGGAGGUGAUUAGAGGUGGAAGGCGAAUAUCGGUAUCAAUUUAUGAUUUGGUUGCUGGUGAUGUUGUCCCACUUAAAAUUGGUGACCAGGUCCCUGCUGAUGGGAUCCUUAUCAGUGGCCACUCCCUUUCGAUAGAUGAAUCAAGUAUGACUGGAGAAAGUAAAAUUGUUCACAAAGAUCACAAGUCACCAUUCUUAAUGUCUGGCUGCAAAGUUGCUGAUGGCUACGGCACUAUGUUGGUGACCGCAGUUGGCAUUAAUACUGAAUGGGGACUGCUCAUGGCAAGCAUAUCCGAAGAUUCUGGUGAAGAAACACCUUUGCAGGUUCGCUUGAACGGUGUUGCCACCUUCAUUGGAAUCGUUGGACUUUCUGUUGCUGUUGCCGUUCUUGUUGUACUUCUGGCCAGAUACUUCACUGGGCAUACUUAUAACCCAGAUGGGUCUGUCCAAUAUGUGAAAGGAAAGAUGAGCGUAGGCCAGACAAUACGAGGAAUAGUAGGAAUAUUUACAGUGGCGGUCACGAUUGUUGUUGUGGCUGUUCCUGAAGGGUUACCAUUGGCCGUCACAUUGACUCUUGCCUUCUCUAUGCGUAAGAUGAUGAGGGACAAAGCUCUGGUCAGGAGACUAUCUGCCUGCGAAACUAUGGGCUCAGCCACAACAAUUUGCAGUGAUAAAACUGGCACUCUGACUUUGAAUCAGAUGACUGUUGUUGAGGCCUACUUUGGUGGAAAGAAGAUGGAUCCUCCAGAUAAUGUUCAGGUGCUAUCAGCUACUGUAUCGUCAUUGAUUGUUGAAGGAAUUGCUCAGAAUACAUCUGGAAGCAUUUUUGAACCCGAUAAUGGUCAAGAUCCAGAGGUGACUGGAUCACCAACGGAAAAGGCUAUACUGUCUUGGGGUCUGAAGCUUGGCAUGAGAUUCAACGAUACGAGAGCAAAGUCAUCUAUUCUUCAUGUUUUCCCGUUCAACUCAGAGAAAAAAAGAGGCGGAGUUGCAGUGCAUCUGGGUGGUUCUGAGGUACACAUACACUGGAAGGGAGCUGCUGAAAUUAUUUUGGAUUCAUGCAAAAGCUGGGUCGCCGCAGAUGGUUCAAAGCAUUCAAUGACACCUGAGAAAACUAGUGAAUUCAAGAAAUUCAUAGAAGAAAUGGCUACUUUGAGCCUCCGGUGUGUUGCCUUCGCUUACAGAACAUAUGAGAUGGGCGAUGUACCAAACGAGGACCAGAGGUCUGAUUGGAUAUUGCCUGAAGAUGACCUAAUUAUGCUUGGUAUUGUCGGCAUAAAGGAUCCGUGCCGCCCAGGAGUUCAAGAUUCUGUUCGCUUAUGUACAGCAGCUGGCAUUAAGGUCCGAAUGGUUACUGGAGACAAUCUUCAAACUGCCAGAGCAAUUGCCUUGGAAUGUGGAAUUUUAACUGACCCCAAUGUGUCAGAACCAGUCAUAAUUGAGGGAAAGACUUUUCGGGCAUUGUCAGACAUAGAAAGGGAGGAAGCUGCAGAAAAGAUUUCGGUGAUGGGGAGGUCUUCACCAAAUGACAAGCUUUUACUUGUUAAAGCACUAAGAAAAAGAGGUCAUGUUGUUGCUGUGACUGGAGAUGGCACAAAUGAUGCCCCAGCAUUACAUGAGGCAGAUAUAGGUCUCUCGAUGGGCAUCCAGGGAACUGAAGUUGCCAAGGAGAGUUCUGAUAUUAUUAUAUUGGAUGACAAUUUUGCAUCAGUCGUGAGGGUUGUCAGGUGGGGUCGCUCAGUUUACGCAAACAUCCAGAAAUUCAUACAGUUCCAGUUAACCGUCAACGUUGCAGCCUUGAUUAUUAAUGUAGUUGCUGCUGUCAGUUCUGGGAAUGUUCCCUUGAAUGCUGUUCAGCUUCUGUGGGUUAACCUAAUCAUGGAUACUCUGGGUGCUCUUGCACUGGCAACUGAGCCACCGACUGACCAUCUUAUGCAGAGACCACCAGUUGGUUGGAGGGAACCGUUGAUAACAAAUAUCAUGUGGAGAAACUUAAUCAUAAUGGCUCUCUUUCAAGUUACAGUCCUCCUCACUCUCAACUUUAGGGGCACGAGCCUUCUGCAGCUAAAAACUGAGGACACAGCGCAUGCAGACAAAGUGAAAAAUACCUUCAUAUUCAACACAUUUGUUCUCUGUCAGGUGUUCAAUGAGUUCAAUGCUAGGAAGCCAGAUGAACUGAACAUAUUCAAGGGCAUUACUGGGAACCAUCUGUUUAUAGCCAUUGUCACCAUAACAGUUGUACUGCAGGCACUUAUUGUUGAGUUCCUUGGCAAGUUCACAUCGACAACCAGGCUCACCUGGCAGUUGUGGUUGGUGUCAAUAGGUCUUGCCUUUUUCAGCUGGCCACUAGCAUUUGUGGGAAAGCUUAUCCCUGUCCCAAAGAGACCAUUAGGAGAUUUCUUUACAUGUUGUUGCCCAGGAAGUGAGCAAGCUGCUGACGCCAAGGGUGAUGACGCUGAUCACAGCGAUGUAUGAAGCUUUGCAUUGGGGGAAAUUUGUGCCAAGCUUUACUUUUAAGGUUUAACAUGAUUGCAAUUAGCUGUUGUCGGUAUUGUACAUGCAUUAGGCUUCAUGGAUAGGUCAUGGGUCCCAUCACCUUUGGGAAAUUGCAACUCUAUUAACCAUGCGUUCAGAGACUUGACGGGACAAGGUGGGUUAGCGGCAGAGCAGCUGCAGGGAGAUUUCUUAUGGCGUUCUGUUAGCGUAUUGGAGUUGCAAAAAUGAUUUUGGGCUACUCAUGUCAGCUUAUUUCUCUUGCCUGUUGCUCCAGUUUUACCUCUUUAUUAGAGCCUGUGCAGAUAUAUAUGUGCUGCCCUCAGUUUUGUGUGGACAACGAGCGAGAAGAAAUCACCAUUUAUGAUCGAA